AACCUGACCACAGCUGCUCUGUGUCGGCACCAUGAACCGCAGUUCCCAGACCUUCUUCACUGGCCUCCACACCGGAGUCCCCCCAACAUAUGAGAUGCUGAAAGAGGAGCACGAGGUUGCCGUGCUGGGGGCGCCCCAGGGCUCGGGGCCAGUGAUGUCCACCGUGGUCAACAUCCGCAGCGAGACCGUCGUGCCUGACCACAUCGUCUGGUCCCUGUUCAACACCCUCUUCUUUAACCCCUUCUGCCUGGGCUUUGUGGCAUUUGCCUACUCCGUGAAGUCUAGGGAUCGGAAGAUGGUGGGUGACGUGAUUGGGGCCCAGAGCUACGCGUCCACCGCCAAGUGCCUCAACAUCUGGGCCCUGGUUCUGAGCCUCCUUGUCAUACUCGGUGUCAUCAUUUCGGCCAUCAUAAUCACCGUAGUGAGACUAUCUCAAAAUUGAAAAACUACUAGAACUCAGAGUUAUGGAGGCCACUAGCCCGUGCCCAUAGCCUGAGGCUGUUAUGCUUUCACCGAUGUUUAUAUACAUGUUUCAAUAAAGGACUUGUA